AUGCUUAGUAGUAAUAGGCGCAACGGUAUCCAAAUAGCCUUGUCAUUUGACGAUGUUCUUCUGGUUUCCUAAAAUUCAAUAUUGAAAGCAGAAAUUAUUUCAUUUAUGAAACUUACUGUAGUUAAAAUAUCAAGCUCAAAACCCAAUUUGUAUGUAGUCCUUUGGAUACAAUUACAGAAACUGAAAUGGCAAUUCGUAUGGCAGCAAAUGGUGGGUUAGGUAUAAUCCAUAGAUUUAUAACAAAAAACUAAAAAGGUUAAAGAUCAGAAGCUUAUUUUAAAAUAGACCAUUUGUUGUUGGUCAAAGUUACACCCUCAAGAAAGUCUUUACCAUAGCAGAAGAAUGGAAAAGUAUGACAUUUUUAAUAUUGAGGAAUCUGAUGAAAAUGGUUCUCCUCGUUAUAAAUCUAUCUCUUUAUUGAGAAUUAUUACAAACAGAGAUUUUUAUGAGUAACCUUUAACAUAAUUAAAGAAAGAAUUGAUGACUCCAAAACAAAGGCUUGUUACUCCUCACUAUUUGGAUGAUAUCUCAUAAAUUAGACAAACUACAAUGGAAGAUAACAAAAAUAAUAUUAGUUUAAAAGAUUUAAUUAUGGAUUCAAUAUUGAAAGUUCUCGAUUAAAUAGGUAGAUUAAUAAUUGAAGGAGCUUUUGUUUCAAAUGAUGAUGAAAUCACAAAAGCCAAGAAAUUAAUCAAUUUUGGUUGUGAUGUUAUUGUUUGGAUAUUGAUAAUGGAUAUUCCUGAUUGGCAACAUUUACCCAUUAUUAAUAUAGAAAGUAGCAAUAGUGUUAUCAUAAUUUAAAAGUGGAAUCUACUGUUUUAUGAGUUAUUGUGGGCCUCUAAUAUUGCAGGGCUUUAGAAAAAUAUUUAAUUUAUUUAGAUGACAAAUGAAGGCUUUGUAGAAGCUGUGGUGUACAUGGAAUUACAAAAAUAUGAUUUGGAAAUGUGUAUUAUAUAUAAUAAUAUUGGUUAAUUUUAGAAUUUUAAUAAUUUGAUAUGA